AUGAAGGUAGCAACAACGUCGCCGGCGCUUAAGACAUCUUUUACGAACUUUGUUUAUGUCAGUGGAAUGAACAAUUUUGUGUAGCUUAAUUGUCAGUGAUUUUUGUGUACAAAAUGUUUCUCCUCGGGCUACUCGCGGUUUGUUGUACUUUCCGGUUUUCUCUCGCGAUUGUUGAUUUUUGUGAUGUUGACAGACGAAAUUCAUCCGUAUCAUCUCCCGGGAUACAGUUCACGAAGGAGUUAAGCACGUCGGAAUACGCUGUUGUAUCCAGCUUCAAAAGUCUACAUUGUUGUGCCAAGGGUUAUAGGAGCAUUGAAUGGUUCAAAGACGGCAAGGCUUACCCGUGGCCAGGGGAUGUGUCAAGUUUCAUUCUGUACCCAGAGUCAGCCAAUCAGACCAUCUACAGCCAGGCCUUGGGUGCAGUGGAUGCUGGGAACUACUCCUGCAGAGUAGCCAAUGAUUCUCGUCUCGUCACUCACACCACCUCCCUCACCGUCUUCGUAAUGAAGAAGAACUACAUGAACAUGCCACUACCAACCUACAACAUGCCAGCCGAACAUUUUGUCAAAAUUGGCCAAACUGCCAGACUAUUCUGUGAAGCUUUUGUUGGCAAGAUUGACCUUCCAGAUGCCAACAAUGAAAUCCUGUGGGAACGCCCUGACUUCAACAUGUCAUCCCCAGAUGCUAAGAGAUACAAACAACGCAACAUCUCCAGGGAGGAAGGUCAGGUUGUAGGAGCGUACUUGGUGAUUGAGAGAGUCUCUCACAGUGACUUCGGUGAAUAUGUCUGCAGCAUCAGCAACACGGGGGAUCAAGUGUUGCGGUUGUCUACCCUACUGCGUGAACAUGAUUGGGAGAUGGAGAUGCCGUCCAAUAAGAUCCCGUGGUUGAAGCUGCAGUUCAUGGUUCUUUGUCUGCUAGUGGUCGUCACUCUCGCUGUGGUUUACAAGAGAUUUGCUCUCGCUGCUGCUCUCUACAUCAAACUCAAGAUCUCUUCUCGUCCAGUUGAUGAUGGCAAAGAACAUGAUGUGCUGGUCUGCUACGCCGCAGACGACACAGACUUUGCUGUGGGUGUGUUGGCGACAACACUCGAGACUCGGUACAACUACACUGUCACCUUAUGUCAACUCAACAAUGCUAGAGUGAGUGCAGAGCUACAGCUGGCCUCUUCUCUUAGCCGUCGUCUGCUGGUAAUCUUGUCUCCGGCCAUGUUUGAGGGUCAGUGGAGUCCUUCCGACGUCUGCCCUCUCUUCCGGCAGCUUACUGAGCUUCAUCCUAACAUCAUUUACAUUCCUCUGAAGGCACUUCAUGUGGAUGCUUCCUGGAAGACAGAGGAAGGGAUGGAACUGCGCCGCCUGAUGUCCAAGUGUGCGCCAGUAGUGUGGCCCGCACAGGGAGGUCCAGCCAUCAACCGGCGCAACUUCUGGAUCUCCCUGCGUCUGCGUAUGCCACCACCACCUCCCCCAUCCCCAGCCACAGGCGCCGCUAUCCCUGCCACCAACAAGGCCAAACUUUCUACCUUCGCCAAGUCUAAUGAAAGUCUGGAGGUGCUUGUUUAAACACUCCUCAGUCUUGAGGAGUGUUUAAUGUUUCAUGUUUAAUGUUUAAUGUUUAACACUGACACAUUUGUGAAAUAGACAGUAUAGAGGUGUGCUAGUUGUAAUGGACAGAAUUUAAAGAUACUUUUAGUUACAUAGAAACCGGGAGAAUCAAAGAUUUCUUGUUACAUAGUUAAGAUAAUGAAUGCCAUAUUUGAAAGCUUUCAUGACAAAACAACAGGAAUUAAUCCUGUUUAAGAACAAGGCUAGUAAAUGAUUUCUCUGAGCUAAUUUCAAGCCAGAUUUUAUGAAUGGAUUGAGUCUUUGCUUCUUUAGCUUGUUGUCCAGCAUUAUAUAUUUUUUAUAUCCUUGAUGAACUUUGUUACACUACUCUUAUAUUCUUGUGGUACAUUUAAACAAGCACAACCUUAAUACACUUUUAAUUUAUACUUUAUAUUAUCUUCUUAAAUUAUUUUUCAUUACUAAUAUUCUACUUCAAUUGAAAAAUCAGUGGUAAUUCAUAAAGAAUGUCUUUUUGUUUGACAUUGUUGGUAUUUUUGUUUGUUUUUCUACACCCACGGUUCCUUAUUUUUGUUGCUUUCAAUGGUAGACUCUCACUCCUUAAGUAAUUGUGAUUGAAUAUUAGCUACUUUUGCUAAACAGUUGCAUGUGUAAACGAUCCUAACUGAUUUAGUUGGAAAUGUGUAUUUUGUAUAAAGCUAUAUUUAUGGUCUCUUAGUUUUCAUAAUAUCUAAGCUGCGUGUAUAAGAUAAAAAUGUAUAAUAUAACUGCUGUUGAUGUAUAAGACUGUAAAUAUUGUGAAUAGCUAUUUAAAUUGAUACAGCUAUGUUUUAACUUGUGGAUAGUAAUUAGUAAUUAGAUUUAGUCUUGAUCAAAAUAAAGUUAGUGUAUGGACAAAUGCAAAUACAUUACAAUUGUAAUGUCCUUAGCAGGUAGAUUAAAAAUUAUAGUUAUUUUGUAUAGCUGUCUAUUUUUUUCUCCCUGACUUAGUCGUAAAAACUUUUUUUUUUUAUUAUAUUAAAAUUGUCUGGAUUGAAAAUACAAAAUAAGUUUAAAACUGAUUUGAAACUUGUGGAUCCAAGAUUUAAUAUUUUUUUACAAAAUGUUUAUGUGGUAUAAUUUAGUUGUUUGGCUUGAGGAAGUUUUGUAUAUCUCUAUUCUUCCGUGUACACUUUUAAGGGCUUUCCCUAGAUAGGUAAGUCUAAGGUAUUUUCCUUGUUUACCUUUAGAUAAAGAAAACAUUAUAUCGUAGUUUGAUUUAUGAUCCAUAACAACUUUGAAGUGUAAAGAAUCGCAAAAUCUAACUAUCAUAAUUAACAUGAUAUUUUGAGAGUAACAUCAGUAUUUAUUACUACAGUAUUUUAAAUUACAUGUUGCGUUUUUGAGUUGGUAAACUUGUUUCUCUGAAUUUAAGCCUUCAAAGUUGUAAAGGACACUCCAUAGAUUAUUUAAUUUUUAUUCUUCUAAGCGUAGAAUAGCUAUACAACCACUUGAUAAACCAAAGAAGGAUGAAUGACAUUGCCAUUUUGGACUUUUAUUAUAGAAUGUUAAUGUGCUUUUAAUACUAGAUAUAUAUUCUGUCGUAUCUUGUAACAAAACAAGUACGGCAAGUGUCUACUAUUACUGUGGUGUUACAUCCAGGUACUUUAGUGCAUAUGAAUAUCUUUUUACUAGUGGAUUUAGCUAUGCUAAGAACAAUGCCUAUACCUCACACAUACAUCUCUUAUGAUGGAGUUUAAUUAAAGAUUUGGAACAUGUUUUACUAAAAAAUCUUAAUGUUAUAAAAUCUAUUGAAUAGAUUAUGGGUCUCAGUGAAUUCUUAUAUCACAUUUUUGGAGAUACUGAUUUUUAAACUUGGCUUGGGUUGUCUAACACUGUCAUUGUAUUUUACACAAUUAAUUUCUGUAGGUGGGUGUUAUACUGCAAUGUGAAUUCAAGGAGAUUUUGUAUAAAAGUGGUAAAAGUUAUUAGGGGAAUAUGAUGCAGCUAUCUUUGUUUUUCGGACUUUCAAACGCUUGUUGUUUCACCUUUAUAUAAAUGUGUCAAUCUUAAAUUAUAAUGUACAAUUAAUGGAAGGUAAAAAAUAUUUGUUAGUCGUCUAUCAAAAUUACGCUUGUUAAAUAUUACUUUGUAAUAAAUGUUAUAUUUGUCAUCCUUAUCAGUGGCCAUUGUGAAGAACAUUGUAUGUGAAUAUUUCUUUCUGUGUAAAAUUUCUCUUAUUAUGACAAUAAUUGUUAUCAGUAUUACAUUAUUUGCUUUUGACUAAAGAAUUUUAGUAUUGUAUUUAUGUAUAGGAUUUAUUUCCAUGGCUGUUUUAGGCUUAUGUAUUUAAAUUAUUUUUGUACAUAUUUAUAAGUUCAUAAUUGAAUAAAUAAAAAUUUUGUUUUAUUUCAAGA